AUGCACGUCUCGCGAAGCGACUACUCGAUUCGAAAAUCGCGUCAAAAGUCGGAUGGUCUCGACACGAUAUGCGAGGAGCACGCGCGACUCAUUCCGCACAAAUCGGCGACGUUUCAUGAUUUGACGGCGACGGCGGCGGCGGCGAAUCGUUUGACGGGCCGCACGGAAUACAAAGCGUCGGGCGGCGGCGAGUAUUUUCGGUAUCGCGCCGCUUCGACCGACACCGCGAAGCGCGUCAACAAGAGGAGAUCGAUUUUUCACGAGAUAGUUGUCGAUUUACGAGCCCUUGCUCCAAGCGAUAUUUGGGUCCCAACUAGAUUUGAGAUAGUUGUCGAUUUACGAGCCCUUGCUCCAAGCGAUAUUGGGGUCUUGCAAAGAAAUUGA